AUGAAGGCCAAGCUAUUCAGCGACAGUUUAGCGGAUGACCUCUCCAAAGUAAUUCUUGCCAUCGGUGAUAGCACAGCUCCCUCAGAUACAGCUGGAGAGACAUCUGUUUCACACGUAGUCACACCUGUUGAUACUUUGGACGAUCCUACGGCAGCUAUUUUCCCUGACCUACACACCAACUGCAACAAUCUAAUUUGGCUAUGUGAAAGAGCAAUACUCACCCCAAAAAGCAUAUUUAUUGCCAAAAUCAACGACGACCUACUGCGAAACGUUCCGAGACAUCUCCAUACCAAAAAGUCCGCGGACACUGUUGUUGACUCGGAAGAGGCCGUUCAUUACCCCACCGAGGUUCUCAAAUCCUUGGACCUCUCCGGACUACCGCCUAACCAACUUCAUCUCCAAAUUGGAGACACAGUCAUGCUGCUGAGAAACCUAGAGCCAUCACGCCUCUACGGUUAG